CCACGUGAUCAUUACUAUGUCAUUGUUGAGUCAGCAUUGGAGCCGCAGCAUCGUAUUGUCCAGCGCGAACAUCCGGAUGGGAACUGAGCCGACAAGACAAGAAGACACUUUGACUGUCCAUCUAAUGCUAUACAUCUGGAUUCGGGGGUCCAGCAGAGCAGAUAUACCGUGAACUUUCGCUGCCAGAAUCUCAGUUUGUCUGGACUGAACAUGCGAUAACUAGUCAUACAGCGUCAGGCCUGCUCAAAAAGCCCGUCACCCACAUGAGCUUCGAUGAUUGUAUAGUUUCAUACACCUGAACGUCGUACCUCUUCACAUUCUCUACUAUUUCCUUUCUUUUGAUUCGGCGAUUUUGAUUUCCAUUUAUUAUUUAUUAUUAUUACUGCCAUCAUUUUAUUCCACUUUCCAACACUCGUUUCAACUACUCCGUACAGCUAGGCCAUUGACCAGUUACGCUAAGACUUCCCUUUAUCUCCGCCGUAAUCCGCCAUCCCUAUAAAGAUAUACGGGGAAUACAAAGAAGAAGAAAAAAGCAUAAUGUCCUACUUACUCUACUCCCUCACAUUCCUAGCCCUCGUCACGGGCACAGCCCUCUAUCUAACCCGUAUUCAUUGGCUCCCGCUCCUCCACUUACCCGACUACCUCUAUUCCCGCCUCCCUGAAUCCUUCACUGGCGACAUGGAAGCAGGGCUCUCUUCCGCAGACUUCGAUCUCUCCAACAAUGUAGCAUCAGGCGACGGGCGCGCAGGGCUCGACCGAGUCGGCAAGCGUGAGGUGCUAAAGAUCAUGAAGCGGCAACGGGUGGAUUUUAAUGAGGCGAGGAGGAUCUAUAUGGAGCGGCGCUUUGCGAAGAACGAUAUCGGGCCUGACGGGAGACCGAGGGAUCCGAAGUUUGUUUCAUUUUCGUAAGGGUUGAUUUUCUUUUUCUUUUUAAGGCGGGGUGGGUCUAUAGGAUGUAUAUGGGUAAUUGGAUGCAAUGGCUUGAGCGGGAUUUCCUUGUACUCUUUUGUUUUCUUUCCAUAUAUAUUCAUCUGAUGAAGCGUGAUUUGAUUCUGCUCACUGCGUUCUGGCUAGCAACACACAACCCCUAUUUUUCCUAUGUCCGUCACUACAUAUCUCCCUAACCACCAGCGACCACUAUCAUUUUCCUUAAAUAUUGUUUCUCUUGAGUUUUUUGCCCUCUUCUUUCUCCACUAAAUCUUUUCUGUCAUCGAAACAAGUUACUAAUCCAUGAAACUUUUGUACCCCUCCUUGCCUUAGGUAGCUUUCGUCUAGCUAAAAAUAUAUUUUCCCCCAUUGACCUCUCACGUUUUAGUUUCCUUGCUUAUUUAACAGCUAUAUGUACAGUACAAAGCUUGUGUUUGUUUCCCCUUCACCCAUGGGGGUCGCCCUGCUUGGGGUCGAUAUUAAAUCUUGAAAUCUCCAUUUAUUUCCUCGCCUUGGGACCUGUAGAGUUGCUGCUGGUGUGUGCUUUCCAUGCUUUGGAGCCUUUCGACGUUCCAAGAGGGCCAUAUAAGGGUGGCGGAAUGCUUCAAUUAGCUCUUUCUCUUUGUCCAAAUGGCAAGACAUUUCGUCAUAUAUUGGCGGUGUACAUUCCGGUAAUAUCUUUCAGGGCACAGCACAGAGUUUCCGGUGUCCUUUAGGCGCAGUAGCCGCAGCCGUAACAUAACAUACGCAACUAGCCCUAGAAAUUCUCAUGCAAUCACCGACCCCUCCCAUACCCGGGCUGCUGAAACCCAGGCGGAAGCGGAGGCGGUGCAGCACCUGGGGGACCUGCUGCAGACGGAGGAGGCCCAAAGCCAGCUGGUGGCGGCUGCUGACCGAAGCGAGGUGGGGGGACGAAUCCUUGCGGUGGCGGCCCGCCAUAGCCGGCUUGGGAUGGGGGUGGUCGGGCAGGGAGGCCUGGAGGGGGCGCGGAAAGGGCCGGAGGGGGAUGAUGCACAUGAGGUGGUGGGCGAUGGUGUUGGUGUGGAUGUUGUUGGUGCGGGUGCGGGUGCGGGUGCGGGUG